AUGUAUUCAAUCAAGCGCACGAUCCUCCUUCUCGGAGCUCUUCUUCCUGCCGUCUUUGGUGCUCCUAUCCUCGAAGCUCGCCGGCAGACAGAAAAGGUCCCCGGGAAGUACAUCGUGACGUUCAAAUCUGGCCUGCAGGCCGAGCAGAUCGACGCACACACAACUUGGGCCUCGAACGUCCACAAGCGCAACCUAGAGCGCCGCGAUCUGACUGACCGUGAUUUGUACCCCGGUAUUGAGAAGAACUUCAAGAUCCACAAAUUCGCGGCGUACGUUGGUUCUUUUGAUGAUGCCACCAUCGAAGAAAUCCGAAACCACAAAGAUGUGGCUCACGUGGAAGAGGACCAAGUCUGGUACCUUGAUGCCCUAACCACCCAGAGCGACGCUCCCUGGGGUCUUGGGGCUAUCUCUCACCAAGGAGAUGCGAGCUCCGACUAUAUUUACGACACAAGCGCUGGAGCUGACACUUACGCAUACGUGGUGGACACCGGCAUCAAUGUUGAUCACUCGGAAUUUGACGGACGCGCCAGUCUGGCCUACAACGCUGCUGGUGGCCAGCACGUUGACAGCGUUGGCCACGGUACCCAUGUUGCUGGCACUAUCGGUGGCAAAACCUUCGGUGUUUCUAAGAAGGCCAAUCUUCUCUCUGUCAAGGUCUUCGAGGGCGAAUCUAGCAGCACCUCCAUCAUCCUCGACGGCUACAACUGGGCUGCUAACGACAUCGUAAGCAAGAGCCGCACCGGAAAGUCGGCAAUCAACCUGAGCUUGGGCGGUGGAUACUCUUAUGCCUUCAACAACGCAGUCGAAAGCGCGUUUGAUGAGGGAGUCCUCUCCGUUGUAGCAGCUGGUAACGAGAACGUUGAUGCAUCGAACACCAGUCCCGCUUCUGCACCUAACGCUCUUACUGUUGCGGCUAGCACAGAAAAGAAUGCCCGCGCAUCGUUCUCCAACUAUGGUGAGGUGGUCGACAUCUUUGCCCCUGGUGAAGACAUCCUCUCGGCCUGGAUUGGCGGAAACAGUGCCACUAACACCAUUUCUGGCACAUCUAUGGCCACUCCCCAUAUUGUUGGAUUGUCCCUCUACUUGAUCGCUCUCGAGGGGCUCUCCUCUCCCGGGGAUGUGACUUCCCGAAUCAAGGAGUUGGCUACCCAGGAUGCUCUCUCGGGCGUGUCUGGCAGCCCCAAUGCGCUUGCCUACAACGGCGCUGAAUAA